AUGCCACAAAACGGCGGUUUCACAGCAAAUAUAGGACAGCAUGAGGUUGAUAAAAGAUGGAUUGUUCCCUACUGCCCACUCCUGUCAAAGAUUUUCAAUGCCCACAUCAACGUUGAGUUUUGCAACUCCGUCAAGUCCAUCAAGUAUGUCUGCAAGUAUAUCAACAAAUGUUCUGACGCUCCAAUGUUUGGACUUCAACAACAAUACUGCCAGGAUGAGGUGACGCACUAUCAGGUGGGACGCUACAUAAGUAGCAACGAGGCUUUCUGGCGCAUCUUUGGCUUUCCGCUUCACCAACGUCACCCCGCCAUUCAACAGCUUGCAGUGCACCUGGAAAACGGUCAAAGAGUCUACUUCACCGAUGCUAAUGCUUCUCUGUUGGCAGAGCAACCAAAGGAUAGCACACCCACUGCAUUCUUCAAGCUCUGUCAACUGGAUCCAUUCGCUCAAACCUUACUGUAUCCACAGAUUCCAUCAUACUACACUUGGAAUGGAUAA